AUGCAUGAUGCGGUGUGCCGAAAGGGCGAGCCGUAUCGAGAGCUGGUGGAAAUGUUUGAGCGGUUCAUCUCCUUGUUGAACGAGAAAGGGAUGACGAGGUACAGCAAGGACUACACUUCCUUGAAGCACCAGAACAGGGAGCUCUUUAAGGCUUGUGAGGAAGCCGGGAGCUUUGCAGCUUUGGAGAAGUUGAUCAUGGUGAUUGACUUGAGAGGUUCCGUAUGGGACCAGUGGUCUGUCUCUGGCUACCUUUGUGUGUGGGUUGUGAUGAUGGAUUUGUUUUCAAUGCUGCCAAUGAUUGGAGCUGAGGUUUGUGUCGAUAGCUCGGCGCAAAAGGAUCAGCACCCUGAGCGGCUGAAGGAGUGGCAGAGGACGGAUUGCCUGCCACUGAAUGUGGUGUGCAACGGCAUCCGCUGGGUUGCGGAUUUGAUGUGCCAAACGGUGGCAAACAAGGACUCAUAUGGUGUGUUGCCACAAUGGGCCUUUUGGCUUUACUCCGACUACAAGACUGUCCAGGCUGCGUUGGCAGGGCCAGCUAGAGCUUUUAUGCCGUGUGAAGAGACCCGGCCGGUUUUGAGUUGGGAGUGCAGUUGCCUGUGGCACAGCACCAAUGCUUACGUGACGAAGCACAAGGUGUACUUGCCAGUGCAUCUUUUGGUGGGUGUGAUUUCGCAUGUGCGGAUCCACUUGGAUGAUUUGAAGGAAGAGAUGCUUCAGAUGGAAGCCUUGGUUGCAAAGGAGGUGACACGCCAGCAGCUUCAGCAGCAGCAGCAGCAGCAGGAGCUCAAGCGGAAGGCUGAUGAGCAAGAAGAGGAGGCUAAGAGGCCUAGGGUUGAGGUUCCUGUUGCUCAAGGUGCUGCUCCCUCGACUGGGGGUGUGCCUCAAUUUGCCUUGACGGAAGAGGAUUUUCGUCGCAUUGCGACGAUGGUGACGCAGAAUCUUCUGCAGGCGAUGCCUAUGUUGGGGCAGCCUCCACCUGGACCUCCCCCGAUGCCUGCUCUGGUGGCUACUCCUGUGGAGGUGCCAGUGGAGGUACCUGUGAGAGCACCUGAUGAUCAGGCUCAGGUUAUGGCUGAGCGCAUGGAAGAGCUUGAGGGUAUGCAGGCAGCGGCCCGCGAGAGGCGUGAAGCCCAGGUUGCUGAAGGUGUGAAGAAGGCUGAGACGCCUGGGGAUUCCGGGAAGGGAUCUGAGUGA